UCCUCACCUUCCCUUCCUUCUCUCCAAUGCUCACCAACCUCUUUUCUCUCACCUUUCCAUGCCCAAAGUUUUGAACUUUUCUUCUCCUACCUCCUUCCCUUUUCUCGGAUUCAUCGUAUAAAUUUUCCACAUUGUCUGCACCUACCUCUUAAAGCCCCGCCCCAACAAUACCCUUUUUGAGCUUUCUUCUUGCCUCACCUAAUCUACGUUCAUUAGGUGUACACCUUCAUCAUGAACUCUGCAAUUAGGUGUGCACCUUCUUCGUCUCUGAGCUUCUCUGCUUUCUCAGCCAGAAAGCCUUCUGUUCGAACCGCUCAAUCCUUUUACACAUUACCCGCAGGACGAAAUGCUCAACCCAACCCGAAUCUCUCUGUUUCUUCUCACAAGCCUCUUUACGUGUCAUCCACCGAGAAUUUCUCGUUGGUGGCAAAACCCAGAAAGAGGGGUUUAGAGUGUGAGGCCUAUGAGGCGGAUAAGUCACGGCCGUUGGAAAUUAGUGUUGAUGAGGAGGCUCGAGUUCAGGCGGCUCAGAGGCUCAAAAUUGGUUUGUAUUUUGCGACCUGGUGGGCAUUGAAUGUGGUCUUCAACAUAUACAACAAAAAGGUUCUGAAUGCUUUUCCUUAUCCCUGGCUCACUUCCACUCUCUCACUGGCUGCUGGUUCGCUGAUGAUGUUAAUCUCAUGGGCCACGAGAAUUGCUGAAACCCCGAAAGUCAAUUUAGAGUUUUGGAAGGCCCUCUUCCCUGUUGCUGUGGCUCACACGAUCGGGCAUGUUGCUGCAACUGUGAGUAUGUCAAAGGUUGCAGUUUCAUUUACUCACAUCAUCAAGAGUGGAGAACCUACUUUUAGUGUCCUGGUUUCAAGGUUCUUGCUCGGAGAAUCAUUCCCUAUGCCAGUGUACCUAUCACUUCUCCCCAUUAUUGGUGGUUGUGCACUUGCUGCUGUGACAGAACUCAAUUUCAAUAUGAUUGGGUUCAUGGGGGCCAUGAUCUCAAAUUUGGCAUUCGUCUUUCGGAACAUAUUCUCAAAGAAAGGGAUGAAGGGGAUGUCUGUUAGUGGAAUGAACUACUAUGCUUGUCUUUCUAUGAUGUCUCUUUUAAUCCUCACGCCUUUUGCCAUUGCUGUGGAGGGCCCACAAAUGUGGGCUGCUGGCUGGCAAACUGCUAUCUCUCAGAUUGGUCCCAAUUUUGUAUGGUGGGUGGCUGCUCAGAGUAUCUUCUACCACUUGUACAACCAAGUAUCUUACAUGUCUCUUGAUCAGAUUUCCCCAUUAACGUUUAGUAUAGGGAACACAAUGAAGAGGAUUUCAGUUAUCGUCUCUUCCAUUAUCAUCUUCCGCACGCCAGUCCAACCUGUCAAUGCCCUUGGGGCAGCCAUUGCAGUUCUUGGCACCUUCUUCUAUUCACAGGCUAAACAGUAAGAAUUAGCUUGGAAGCAGAGAUUCUUGGUGAUACCUGAUUUAUAGAUGAUAGAUCAAUUAAUUAAGUCAAUCAUAAAGAGAUAAUUGUGGGUUACAAGUUUGUGUGCCUCCAUGAUUAGCUUAAUUGGUCUAUCUUUCGUAAACGCAUAUUACUUAAAAAUUUCCUUUUUCAAGCUGUGUGCCACACCUGAUGAAGAAUGAAUUAUGACUGAAGUUGUGAGAGUCAUCACAUGGAAGGCAAUUGGUGUUAUUGAGCUAGUGUGUAUUGUGGUCAACGGGACAUGAAUCUGGUUUAUUUAAGUCCAAAAUUAUAGCAUUUGUAAUCAA